GCAGCUGCUUGAUGUAUUUUGAUUUAGAAACUACUGGACUUAGUAGAACAUCUGACAUCAUACAGAUUGCUGCAGUUUGUGAAGAUAGGUCAAUCAAUGUUUAUCUCAACCCCAGUGUACCAAUCUGUAAAGAAGCAUCGGCUGCAACAGGUCUCAGAUAUGACAUGGGACAGCUCACUCUUCAUGGAGAGCCUGUGCCUUCAACAGAUCAAGUCAGUGGUUUGACCCAGUUUGCAGACUUUACAACAGAUUGUGCUUCAAAACCAGUCAUUGUGGACCAUAAUAUUCAAAACUUUGAUCUUCCAAUUCUUCAAUAUCACUUGCAGCGACAUGGUCUACUUAAACGAUUUGAUGAAAAUGUUUUAGGUUUUUUGGAUACAUACAAACUUGCACAGAAAGUGUUUGACAAGAAAACAAUGGGAAAUUUUAAACAAGAAACAUUGGUCAGAUUGUGUUUAGGGAAAAGUUACGAUGCACACAAUGCUCUAGCUGAUAUUUGUAGUUUACGAGAACUGUUCGAGUCAAAUUUAGCAUUCAAAUGUGAAUCUUCAGAUAUAUUUAAUAUGAAUUAUUAUAAUGUCAAGUCCUCACUAGUUCCAUUGAUACAAAGCAAUGUAAUUUCUACACUGAUCUCUAAAAGGCUUACAGCUAACAAUCUAAGCUUAAACAAGCUUAAACUCAUACAUAAGCGUGACCCCCAUUGUGGGAUUCAGACUGUCUUUAGUGAGGUUGUGUCUGGUUCAAAGACACCAAGAAUUAUGAAGUCUCAGAAGAUCAUUGGCAAAGUUGUGGAGUAUUUGAACUCUUGUUAGUUCAUCAUAAGUAUUUUCAUUCAACAAAAUUAUUUGUUUAUGAGCUAUACUUGCUAGAAUCUACAUGUAUGUUUGUUACACUACAUUUAUUCUCUUUAUAUGUAUUAGAUUAUAAAUUGUUAAGAAUGUGUACUUGUAUGUAAAAAAAAAUUGUGAAAAAAGGAAGGGGUUGCCCCCCCCCCCCCCCACCACCACCCUACCCCUUAUGUUCUAAGUGUCUAGAAGGACCAAAAUUUCAGUACUAAGACUGUAUUUGUUUGUUACAUUUUGAUAUUUUUCACAGUGUGUAAAAUAUAACUGUAAAACAUGCUAUUACCAAAAUGGGGGUAGGGGUAUUCGAGAUAUGAUUUAAUAAAAUAUCUCUGGUCUUCUAUGAUAAAAUAUGUUUUUUUGUUAACCUUAGUUAUAAUUUUAGAUAUUUUUAAAGAAAAAAUGGCAUGUUAACAAUAUAAAUUUAGGGACUUUUGAAAAUAAUGAUAUUUUGUGAUUUUUUUUUCUGAUGG